AUGGAGCUUGGGGAGCAGGUCGCGAACCAACCAGCCAGACAUAAUCCGGUAACCUUGUUGAGUCAUGUGGAUCCCAUCCCAACUCACAUACCUAUGAGCAUUCCUACAAACCGGAACUCCACGGGCCCCACACAUUCUCCCCGUGUUGAAAUUCUAUAUAUUAAUUUACGUACCAUGAUGCUUUGCGAAAUGGAGGAGGAACUCGUAUGCCUUGUAGUAAUCGGCGUAUACAAUGAUUGCAUUCGGCUUUUCUUGGAUCAUCCUGUUAAUCCCGUUUUGAAGCUCCCGAUUGUGGUACUCUGCAAACUCGUUUAA